AUGGAUACCUAUCUCUUCGCCGGCCUCAGCAUAUUCAGGUUGGUGUCGACCUCAGUCACCUUAUCUUUGAAGGCCGACACCAACACUGGCAUGUCUGGUACCAGCUCUUCUCUCAAGCGCAAGUCGAGCGUCUACGAUCUCAAGAUCCACAGCAGCUUUGAUUCAACGCCGACUUUGCUAAGGAGGGGGGCUGGACCAGAAAGAGCUGUCGUAGUGGGUGGAGCGCGUAGCCUCGGCACGGCCGUCAUGGUGUGGAAGGGAGAACGACCUGCACUCGAGUUUCUCGACAAUCUUGGGGUCGGGGCGCUGUUGAUCGAUCCACAAACUUCAAACCCGAAAAUAUCGCCCCACCCCAAGAACCUCGAAUUUGCACUUGCGGCCUUGUCGUUGGGCUUCUAUGUCCAGCUACCAUGCGAAGCCCGCGACAAGGCAGUCGUUCUCCCUCCUUACCUGCAAUACUCGCGCACAUUUGAUCUCCGCACUGAAUACCAGAGAUGGCAAGCACACCGCAUUUGCCGAAUCUUCACAUCACGGGCACUUGCCCGUACCAAGCGUUCCGAUCAAGGUUCCGAGCCUUCAUCGAGCUGGGUUGGACCCUGCUCGAUGCAAAGUCGUGCGAAGAGCAGCUGCAUCGUGAGUCUGUCCUAG